AUGGAGGCACCACCCUUUUCCAACUCAGAAGAGGAUGAGUCUUUGUUUGAAUACCUCAAUAGUCUAUCUCCUUUAAAGACCAAAAAGCGUGUUGAAGCUACUCAGACUUUGAACUCACUUGGCAUGGAUUAUUCUCUUCUCGCAUCACCUGAUGCAACCAUUUACGAGGAAUCCACAGUCCUCAUGAGGAAUUACAUUUUGAACACAUCAGAGCCUCAAGUUUCAUCUGAAGAAGCUCUUACUGAUCCUGCUCAUGCAUGCCAUUACUCACUUGAGUCAUCUAGUCAACAUACAAAGAUCGAGCUUCCACAAGCUAUGCAAUAUAAUCCUUGUAGCUCGGAACAACGUCCUCUAAUUUCAACUGAAGAGGCUAAAUGGGCUCUUGAGUUACUUGGCAAGCAAGUUCCAAAUGGUACCGAUGUACAAGAUGACUAUAUGGAAGAUUCAGUUGAGGGUGGAACAUAUAUUCGGGAAGUAGGUCAGGUUGAGGCAAACAUUGAAGGAGCAGAUUGUGAUUACAAUAACUUAAUUAGUAUAACACAAUUUGUGAAUCUGCUGCCACAAUCUACUACUAACAGUAAUUAUAAAAUGCAAACUGUUGAACCUGUUGCUUCUAGUUCAUAUCCUUCUGAACCUAUAGCUGCAACAGACAGAAAUCAAACAUGGAACAAUCUUGCCAAUGUUGCUUUAAGGGAUAGCAAUCCAAUUGCGAGAGGGGUCGAUGAGCUUGCAUGUAUAAUGAGGCCCUAUCAAAGCUAUCAGCCUGAGAUGAGCAGUUUGCAAAGGAACAACUACGUUUAUACUUCAAAAUCUGAUGAGAUGAAUGCUAUUAUAAAGGAAAAUCCAUUGCUUCCUAGAAAAAACACUAGUGAUUUACAGAUGUGUGUUUUGCCAAGAAAUGAUUUUUACUUAAAUGUGCAUCCUGCCUUGAAUAAUUACAAAGCAAUAGAAAAUGAAAAGAUGUCUUCUAGAAGGAAACCUGAAUCGCCGAGCUGCACUUCUUCUUUGCAUUUUUCUGCAAGUCAAGUGCAUCACCUAUCGCCUGUCCCUGCACCAACGGAAAGACAUUUGGAGCCAUCUGAGAAUGAUGAUUUCACCAAGUCAUCAGUUCACAUUCCUGGCGAAGAUUUCUGUCGGAGCUGUAACCCUGACCUGAUGAGUAGAGUGCAAUUUAAUGAACUAAUGAAUAAACUAUUCGAUCAAAACAUGAAAAAGACGUCGAAAGUGAAGAGUAUAGAUUUGAUUGGUCUAGUUUCUUCUGGCUCAGAACAUGAAAUGGAAGGGGAAAGUGCCGAUACUAACACCAACGUUCGACUUUACAGAAAAUGGUCGGAUCUAACUGGCAAAGGAAGGAAAUACAGAAACUGUAGAUGUAGAAAAUCAAGGUGUUUGAAAGAUUAUUGUGAGUGCUUUGCUUUUGGAGUCAGCUGCAUAGGACUUUGCCAGUGUCAAGACUGCAUGAAUAAUAAGUCAGAUCUAACUGGAGAAGAAGAGGCAUGCAAACAAUGUAGAUGUAUAACAUCAAAUUGUUUGAUACCCAAUUGUGAAUGCUUUUCUGCUGGAGUCUACUGCACAGGACAUUGCUCAUGUAAACACUGCUUGAAUAAUGGAGAUAAUGAAGAUACAAUUCUACAAGCUCGCCAGAAGAAUGAUCCUAAAGUUGAGGACCGGUCCAGCUUCCAGAAAAGAGGAUGUGUUUGCAAUAAAACAAGUUGCCAGAUGAAAAAAUGCAAAUGUUUUAAGGAUGGUGUUGGUUGCUCCCCAAUUUGUAAAUGUCAAGGGUGCAAAAAUAUACAUGGUAGAAGAAAGGAUAGUACAGCUGAAACAAAAUCUGAGCUUGAAGAAACAGAAGCAAUACAGAUUUUCUGGCUAUGAAGAUCUUCUUGUGCUGAAUUGUUUGGCACCUAAAACCAAGAGCUUGUACAACAUUCAUUAAUACUAAUUGAAGUUGAACUUGAAUCAUCUCUUACUGUGUCAGGAAUUUGACAUUAGAAUGAGGACAGUUUUGUUUUUCUUUUGUUACAAUUAUUAAACCAUGCAAUGUAUAUGUGAUAUGUCUACAAUACAAUUUGUACAAUUGGUCUCUUUUAAUGUUUCCUAUAAAGAAACCUCUUCUCAUUCUAAACUUGGAAAUUAUGAAAAACUUAAGUGGAUAAGAGAAGAUAGAACAAAACAAAAAUAGAUACCAUGUAAGAUUGCUAAAGUUUAGAUGAUGAAGUUUUAGAGGUUAUCAUAUUUCACAGGGUCCUUGAGGAAAUACUUGAACUGCAAGGCACAAGAUGAUAAGAAUCAAUGAGAUGCCACAAUAAAUUAAAACAGUUCACAUGAUUGAUAACAUUUUCUUAACAUUGGUAGUGUAAUUGUGUAUUUUACUUGACCAUGUAAUACAACUUCAAUUAUUUUAUAUAUAGGCUAUGCUUAGGU